AUGGCAGACCGAACGGAGGUGCACUCGACACCGGCAGAUGCUGAGAAGGGUAUCGGCGGCGGGGGCCAGGCCAACCCCGACCCCUUGAAAUAUGAUGGACCCGAAUUCGAGGAAAGAGCCGUCGAAGAUCGCUUGAGCCGCAGCCUGUCGAACCGCCAAGUGCAGAUGAUUGCCAUCGGAGGCACCAUCGGCACCGGACUCUUCCUCGGCACGGGCAAGGCGCUCGCCACCGGCGGACCGGCCUCGCUGCUCAUCUGCUACCUCAUCAUCGGCGCGAUCGUCUACGUGACCAUGAUCAGCCUCGGAGAGAUGGCAACAUUUAUCCCAGUCGCCGGAAGCUUUUGCACUUUUGCUGGCCGUUUCGUAGACGAUGCUUUUGGGUUCGCUCUGACCUGGAACUACUGGUUCAACGACGCCGUCUCGACGGGGUCUGACCUCGUUGCUCUGCAGCUCAUCCUGCAGUACUGGAAUGAAAACUUUCCCGGCUGGGCCUUCAGCCUAAUCUUCUGGAUACCCCUCGUUGCGAGCAACCUCAUCGCUGUGCGGUUCUACGGCGAGCUGCAGUACUGGCUGAGCUUGUUGAAGAUUAUCACGAUUAUCAUCUUCUUCAUUAUGGGCAUUCUCGCCAACUGUGGCGUCAAUCCGGAGCAUCGCUACAUUGGGGGAGAGUACUGGCGGUUGCCCGGCGCCCCAUUUGUGGGAGGUAUCGGAGGGUUCGCCAGUGUCUUUGUCACCGCUGCGUUUGCUUUUGGCGGAACCGAGUCCAUUGCCAUCACGGCGGGAGAGACCAAGGACCCAGUCAAAAACCUGCCCAAGGUCGUCCGUAACGUCUUUUGGCGUAUCCUUAUUUUCUACAUCAUGACGGCCCUGAUGAUCGGCCUCAACGUGCCCUACAACUACCCCAAGCUCUCGAGCAAGUCGACCGUCACCUCGCCAUUCACCAUCGUCUUCCAGACGGUCGGCGCCAAGGCAGCGGGCAGUUUCAUCAACGCCGUUGUCCUGACCAGCAUCCUGUCCGCCGGCAACCAUGCCCUGUUCGCCGGCGCCAGACUGCUCUACACCAUGGGCAUCGACGGCCACGCACCUUCAUUCUUCGGGCGUCUCAACAAGCAACAGGUGCCCUGGAUAGCAGUCCUGGCCACCGGCGCCGUCGGCGGCCUCUGCUUCGGAUCCAGCUACAUCGGCAGCGGCCAGCUGUGGAGCUGGCUGCAGAACAUCGUCGGCGUCUCCAACCAGCUCAGCUGGAUGUCCAUCGGCAUCGCCUCGAUCCGCUUCCGCCGCGGGCUCGCGGCCCAGGGCAAGACGCACCUGCUCGGCUACCGCAACUGGACCUACCCCUACGGACCCUGGGCCUCGGUCUUCCUCAACGCCUUCCUCAUCCUCAUCCAGGGCUGGAGCUGCUUCAGCCCCAAGUUCAGCGCCGUCGACUUUGUCAGCUACUACAUCGAGAUCCCCGUCAUGAUCCUCAUGUACGUCGCGUGGAAGCUCAUCAAGAGGACCAAGGUUGUCAAGCUCGAGGAGAUGGACCUGGUGACGGACGUGUACACUGUCGAGGUUGUGGAGGGUGUUGAGGUGGAUGAGAAGAGGAGCACGAGGGAGAAGCUGAAGAAUCUCGUGGGAUGGGUGUUUUAA